AUGGGCGUGUGCGCGUCUUGUCACAAUGUGAAAACCCCACACACUCCAAAAACACCCGCUACUGGGAAAGAGAAAGACGCUGUCCACGGUGGUUCUGGUACACCACGUGCAGCGGAAUCUUUUCGAAGACCAUCGUCGAUCAUGGUGAUGAACAUUUCCAACGGAUCGAUCAAAGAGUAUAAACAACCGAUUUCAGCAAGCGUCGUCGUUUCGGAGAUCAGUAACAACAAUUGCUGCUACAUCUCAAACGCGGAGUCAAUGCGCAUAGGCACGUGUAUGCCACGCGUUCCUGACGAGGAGGAGCUUCUACCUGGUCGAAUCUACUUCAUCGUUCCGAUUUCGCAUUUGAAUUACCCAUUGUCGCUUCCGCUUCUCUGUGAUCUCGCCGUUAAAGUUGGUUCUGCACUUUGCCAACUCACAGAGACUGCGCGUUAA